ACUUAACGGUGGCGGCUGCUUGUGCGCCGGAUCCUGGAAAGGGCCGGGCGCCAUUGUGCUUCGCUGCGGACUGCUCUCCGCCCCCCCUCCCCCGCCAUCCCCAGUCAGAGAGGCCUCGGACGGCGAGGCGGGACGCGGCGGCGGGGUCGCUUUGAGAGUGCGACGCGCCCUGGUCAGCGCCGGCUCCGGAGCUGAGGAAAUCUUAAGAAUGGAGUCUAAACCUUCAAGGAUUCCAAGAAGAAUUUCUGUUCAGCCCUCCAGCUCUUUAAGUGCUAGGAUGAUGUCUGGAAGCAGAGGAAAUAGUUUUAAUGAAACCUAUCACUCAAGAGACUCUUCGUUUAGACUGGAUUCUGAGUAUCAGUCUGCUUCAGCAUCUGCAUCACCGUUUCAAUCCACAUGGUACAGUGAGUCUGAGAUAACUCAGGGAGCACACUCCAGGUCACAGAAUCAACAACGCGAUCAUGAUUCAAAAAGACCUAAACUUUCCUGUGCAAACUGUACAUCUACCUCAGCUGCAAGAAAUGUUGGAAAUGGCUUAAAUGCAGUAUCAGAUUCUUCUUGGAGACAUAGUCAAGUUCCCAGAUCUUCAUCAAUGGUACUUGGAUCAUUUGGAACAGAUUUAAUGAGAGAGAGGAGAGAUUUGGAGAGAAGAACAGAUUCCUCUCUUAGUAAUCUUAUAGAUUAUAGUCAUCGAAGUAGUGAUUUCACAACUUCAUCAUAUGCUCAAGACAGAGUUCCUUCAUAUUCACAGGGAGCAAGACCAAAAGAGAACUCAUUGAGCACUUUACAGUUGAAUACAUCAUCCACCAACCACCAAUUGCCUUCUGAACAUCAAAACAUGCCAAGUUCUAGGGACUCCAGCAGAAAUUCUUUAAGGGCACAUUUCUCUUCAAGAGAAUCAGGAUCUUCCCGAAGCAGUACACUAUCUGGAUUUUCUUUUAUUCCAAAUCGAGAUGAAGCUCCAACUAUAAGCAAUUCAGAAAGGGUUGGUUCAUCUCAAAGAUCAUUUCAAGAGUCUUCAGACAAUGAAGGUAGGCGGACAACCAGGAGGUUGUUAUCACGUAUAGCAUCUAGCAUGUCAUCUACAUUUUUUUCACGAAGAUCUAGUCAGGAUUCCUUGAAUACAAGGUCAUUAAGUUCUGAAAAUUCUUACAUUUCUCCAAGAAUUUUGACAGCUUCACAAUCUCGUAGUACUGCAACAUCUACAUCUGAAGUUCCUGACAAUAGGGCAUCUGAAGGUCCUCAGGGAUUUCGAUUUCUUAGGCGAAGAUGGGGUUUGUCAUCUCUUAGCCAGAAUCAUAGCUCUGAGCCAGAUUCAGAGAAUUUUCACCAGGAAUCUGAAGGUAGAAGUACAGGACCAUGGUUAUCUUCCUCAUUUAGAAAUAGGUGCACUCCUUUGUUCUCCAGAAGGAGACGAGAAGGAAGAGAUGAAUCCUCAAGGCUAUCUACCUCUGAGAUGCCAUCUAGAUCUCAUAUUUUUAGAAGAGACUCAAAUGAAGUAGUUCACCUAGAAGCACAGAAUGAUCCUGUUGGGGCUGCUGCCAACAGACCACAAGCAACUGCAGCAUCAAGUAGUGCCGCCACAGGAGGCUCCACGUCAGAGUCGGCUCAAGGUGGAAGAAAUGCAGGAAUAACAGGGAUUCUUCCUGGUUCUUUAUUCCGAUUUGCAGUGCCCCCAGCACUCGGAAGUAAUUUGACUGACAAUGUCAUGAUUACUGUAGAUAUUAUUCCUUCGGGUUGGAAUUCAACUGAUGGGAAAAGUGAUAAAAGUAAAAGUGCGUCUUCCAGAGAUCCAGAAAGACUGCAGAAAAUAAAAGAGAGCCUCCUGCUAGAGGACUCUGAGGAAGAAGAAGGCGACUUGUGUAGAAUUUGUCAGAUGGCAGCUGCCUCAUCAUCUAAUUUGCUGAUAGAGCCCUGCAAGUGCACAGGAAGUCUACAGUAUGUCCACCAAGAGUGUAUGAAAAAGUGGUUGCAGGCUAAAAUUAACUCUGGUUCUUCCUUGGAGGCCGUAACUACCUGUGAACUCUGCAAAGAGAAGUUGCAGCUUAACCUGGAGGAUUUUGAUAUUCAUGAACUACAUAGAGCUCAUGCAAAUGAACAAGCUGAGUAUGAGUUUAUCAGCUCUGGUCUCUACCUAGUUGUAUUGUUGCACCUGUGUGAACAAAGCUUCUCUGACAUGAUGGGAAAUACAAAUGAACCAAGCACACGUGUCCGAUUUAUUAACCUUGCAAGAACGCUUCAGGCACAUAUGGAAGAUCUCGAAACUUCAGAGGAUGAGUCUGAAGAAGAUGGAGACCAUAACAGAACAUUUGAUAUUGCGUAACUUCAUAUAAGACAAACGGAUGGUCUGUGAACAAGUGUUUUAUUAAAACUGGCAAUUAAGUAAGAAUUCAUUUUGUGCGGGAAUGCCUGUUAGAUAUAUUGACUAUAUAGAACAAAUAUUUAUAUACAUAUGCAUGUGUGUAUAUAUGCAUAUGUGUAUAGAUAUUCUCCAGUGUUGCUUAAUUGAAACUGCUGGACCUUUUAACAUGACCAGUUAAUCUAAUGUUUAUAAACUGGUCAUCAGAAGUAUUUUUGGCAAGUGGGAAAGUAUUAACCUUGUUUUAAAUCUAAACAGUGCACAUCAGCCCUUUUUUGUGUUUUGAUUACUGUAGUCAUAUUUAUGAAAAAUGGUUCGUGUUAGUCUCUUCCUAGUGAAAAAAAGUGGAAAUUUUGCUUUGGAAAUUAAAUGCCAAAUAGUACCUGAUUAGUUUUCCUUUUGAAAUGCCUUAAGUUGCAGUUACAUUUUGAUAAUCAUUUGCUUCCAGUGUUUAAAAAAUUUUUUUUUAAGAAUGGGGAGAAGGUCAUAAAGAACAUAUUAGGUUUCAGAUUUAAUUUGAAUUCUAAAUUUAGCAGAAUCUAAUUUUUAGAAAUAUAAAAUGUAUAAAUGAUGGUUAAAUUUUUGUAUUACGUUGCAAAAUGGAGAUUAUAUUUGAUAGCCCAUAGAAUGUAGAUAUUCUUUUGGGGAAUAUUACAGCUAUAAUUAGACCUGAAUUGCCAGUCGAAUGCUGUUUGGUUUUUAAAAAAAUUAUUGCAAUUUCAAGUUAAUGGAAUGUUUUUAAAUCCCACAUUCAAAGUUUAAAACACUGGUUUUCAAUGUGUUUUUUAGUGUUGUCACUUUAUAGAUAAAUAUGAUAUAAAUAACCUGUUUGGAUUCUGGUCGUUUUUAACUGUUCCUUGGUAAUUCUGAGGAUUUAUUUGGUGAUUAUUAAUAUUUUUCACUAUCUCUUCAGAGAACAGAUGAGUAUUACCUGUUCACCAUCAGUAGGCCCACACUGUCAUGAGUUGUGUGUAUUUCCAUAACACUGUAUUUCUCUCUGUCAAUACCCUUAAGAAAUGCUUAAAACAUCUUCAGGUGGCUUUAGGAUAAAGUCUGAUGUAUGUCAGCAAACUUCCUUUUCAGAACCUGAAAAAUAUGUAAUUUCUCCAAUGUGAACAAUUUGCCCACACUUAGUUUUGUUGGUCUUAUGUAAAAUUUUGGCUUGAAAUAAAGUAUGUACUGAUCAAUUAA